AUGACCCACAGUAUUUCUGAGUGGGCUAACUUCCAAAAGCUUUUAUUUGAAGCAGCAGAUAAUGAUCCUGUUAGUUCUGCUGCAGAAGUCAUCAAUUCAAGUUUUUUGCAAACAGAAAAAGAUGUUUACGAAUUAUUAAGUCAAUUAUCAAAAAUCAUACGUUCAUAUCCAGGAAAACUCAAACAAUACGCUAUAUUUAUUAAAGAACUUAUCGAUAAACUGACUCCAGAACUAAAUUUCCGAGAAAAAUUUCUAAAAAUUUUUAAUGAAAACGAGAAAAUCAUGUUUUUGCUAUACAGACAUCUCUUCUUACUCGGUUUUUGCCAAAUAGAAGACAUAAUUGCAGAAUUUCACACUCCAAAGUAUGAUAAACCUGUUCGUCGUACUCUUUUAAUAACAUUUCUUCCAGAAUUGUAUAAAUACGACCAAGAGACAGUUAAAAUGGCUCUUAAUGAGCUCAGUUCUGAGAAAGAUUUAUUCAAUACGCAUGUUACACUGGAAAACUUUGUCGAAAAAGUUCCAAAGGUCGAGGAACUAUUAAUCUCAGGUCAACAUACGAAUUCGAUUGAAAAUGCAAUCAAAUUUGAUGAUGUUGAGCGACUCAAAGAAAUAACUCAGAGAAAAACAUUCGAUAUGGCCGCACCAUUGAAAUCAACUGAAUUCGAAUUAGUUCCUGUACAUGGUUUGACUCCUAUUGGAGCUGCAGCUAUAUUUGGAAGCGUAAAUUGUUUCAAAUUUCUUGUAAUUAAACAAGCGUUAGACAUUCCUUCGCCACAACCUAUCGUACAUUUAGCCAUAUAUGGUGGAAAUCACGAAAUAAUACACAUAUUGCAGCAGAGUAACGCAAAAUUCGAUGGGGCACUCGGAGCAGCGGCCAAAUCGUUCCGACCAUCGCAUUUUAUGUGGCUACUCCAGACAUUCCCACUCAAUUUGAUCAUAAAACCUGUUACUGCCAAUGGAAUUUUGACAGAAUUGAUCAAAAACUGCGAUUUGACUUCAUUACUGGUAUUUCUCGAUUCAGAACUCAACGAUAAACUUAACGAUAAGCUUACUCCUGUCUUCAACGCUGCAAAAUCUACAAAUUUAAUUUUCUUCCAACAUUUAUUUGAACAAUUGAAUACAGAUGUUAACUCAACGAACUCAUCAGGCUAUACUCUAUUACAUGUAGUCAAUGAUCCAAGCAUUGCCGAGUAUUUAUUCUCAUUACCGAAUAUCGAUGUUUCAAUUGUGAAUAAAGACGGGUAUUCUCCACUCCACGAGUACGCAUCUCGCGGGAACAUUGAAGUAGCAAAGUUAUUCCUUGAGCAUUCCCCUUCAUCUAUCUCUUUAAAGUCAAAUUCCGGAAUGACACCUUUACAUUGUGCCGCUUCAUCAGGAAAAGGCGACUUUAUUCGAUACCUUAUUGCUCAAGAAGGCAUUGACGUUAACGCUGUCGACAGAGAUGGCAAUACUCCGUUGCAUUAUGCUGCAAGAUCAAGUUCAAGGGACAGUGUUGAGGCUUUGCUGAGUUCCAGUGAUAUAAACAUAUUCGCUGAGAACAAGUUUAAGGAAAUACCUUACUUUUGUGCUGCCAAAUCCUCGAAUUCCGAUGUUUUUUCGGCUUUGGCCGAAUAUCCUAGUUUCGACAUCAACCAGAAAGACAGUAAUGGGCUUACUGCUUUGAUGUACGCUAUAGAUAGACCAUGUUUAUCAAUUUUUGAGUACCUUUUGAGCAGAGAUGAAAUAGAUGUAAAUUCUACUGACACAGAAUUCAAUAAAACCCCAUUAAUGCAUCUCGUUGCUGCACCAUGGAACGCACAGACACAACAGAUGGUCGAUACUUUGCUAAUUGUCCACGGAUUGGAUAUAAAUAAACAAGACAAGUCAAAUAACACAGCAAUCCACAUUGCUGCGAUGCUUGAGAGGAAGGAAAUCAUCGAUAUUAUAUCAAAACUCCCGGAUUUGAACAUGAAUAUCUCAAAUGGAAUUUUGACUGUAAAAGAAGCGAUUGAAGGCAAGCACCAACGAAGAUUACAGAAGUCAAGGGACCAGAGUAUCGAUACAAUACCGAAUUCUUCAUCAGAAGAAAUGGAAGAUUCGGAAGUUGAUAUCGACGAACAAGAAAUCGACCAAACACCAAUAAAAAGCAAACCAAAACAAACAGGAAACAAAACCCCCAAGUCAAAAGGAAAAACUCCGCAGUCCGGAGCUAAAUCUCCAAAUAAUUCCGCAAAUAAGUCAGGAACGAAACCAAAAGGAAAUCAAUCACCUCAAAACAAACAACAAAAGAGGCCAAACCCUGUUUCAACUCCUCACAAAACAACAGAACCAUCAAAACUCGCUCCUGAGACUCCGACAUCGCCAUCGAGCAUUGAUAAGUCAACAGAUGACCAGAUGUCAACAAGGCCACCUGGACAACCACAGGGAGGAUGCUGCAGAAUAUAA